AUGUCAAACAAAGGUGAUUUCAAUGAUGACGAGUACGUCGCUAAAUUGCUGGCUGAGGACGCCCGCAAAAGUUCGAUCCGAUAUUCUUCGAUGGGCAUGUCCGCUUUGAGAGCACAAAGGCCAGGUAAUUCCGUCCCAAAGCCCAAUACACGAUUCUUGAAGAACCUUGUUCGAGAAGCCGAUUCUCACAAUGCCGCGCUUAAGAAAAAGGAAGAAUUGGAGGCGCGGAUACGAUUGAGGAAUAUUCGAGAGAAGGACUCAGGAUUUGGAGACGGCCUUGUGUCUGAAAGACCUUCGAAAAAGCGGCGUGUGAGCGAUGAAAACGAUCAUUCAAGGUUAAACAACCAACACCAUCGGAGAGACGAACCACGACGAGAACGACGACAUGGGAAAUCAAGGUCCAAUCGAUCGAGAAGUCCAGAGUCUAGACACCGCGACGGAAGGAGACGUCAUGAUGGUGACCCUGAAGAUGAUGACCGUCGUCACAAAAACGACAGAGCCACGUCUCAUAGGCACCGGUCGAGGUCGCAUGAGAGAAGAAGUCAGAACGAGGGCCGGUCGAAACACAUUGACACGAAUCGACAAAGGAAACGACGCGAUUCUCAUAGCGAUAGCGGCCAAGACCAAUACUCGGAAAGAUCGCGACAUCGAAGGACAGAACACAAGCACACGCGCCAUCGAUCAGCAUCUACCUCAUCAAGCACAACUUCAGACCCGUUAGCUACGAUCAUCGGGCCCCUUCCACCCAAAAACGAUUCAUCUACAAUAUCCCCUCCCCGUCGAAGAGGCCGCGGCUUCCACAAACCGAAUGGUGCAACAUCAAACAUCGACCACCACUUCUCCACAGCAUACAACCCAUUGAAUGACACACCUCUCGGUUACGAUGCAUCCGACGGAGACGACUGGGACAACGCGCUGGAAGCCCUGCGCGACCGUCGGGCCUGGCAGAACAAACAAGCUGAUCGUAUGCGCGAAGCCGGAUUCGGAGACCAGGAGAUCGAGCGCUGGGAGAAGAGCGCCUUGACGAAGAGAAACUUGCUUGGCGACGGCGCUGCUGAUGAUGACAGAGAUAUCCGAGACGUGAAGUGGCGGAAACGAGGCGAGGGGAAGGAAUGGGACGAGGGUAAGAUUAGCCUCGCGGACCAAGACCACGAUAAUCAUAACGAUAAUCAUAAUCACAACGAUAUAAAGGCUUCGCCUGGCCGACUUUCUAAUGCCGACCCUUCCACGUCAACCACCGCGCGAUCACGUAUGGAAACCAAAGCUGGCGCCAGUGGAAGAAGCGAUGCAAGUCAGAAACGAAGAGACGACGUAUGGCAGCGCAAAGACAGCGGAUUCGUCAAACAAUUCCGCAAAGCUCUUGGAUGA